CUCACGAUCGUGACAAGCAACGCUGAGGUGAAACGUACGCAAGAGAGAGAGAACUUGGAAUCCGGUAGAUCCGAGACGCAGAGGGACGAAGCGGCCGAAGAACAGGCACGGGAGGACAUGUAGAGAGCGAGUGUAUCCAAAAUGGGUCAAGACGAGCGACGUGGCAAUGUCGGCUCGUGCCCUGCUAUGUUUAACUUUAUUUUAUCUUAUAUCCAUGUUCCUGGCGCACUCACCUUAUCAGCAAACGCGCCAGUUCCCUAGCAUCUCAGUUUUCAAUACGAACACUGAGAUUACUGUCGCACCUUUGUCUAGCUCCCGCGCAAACGUCUCGCUAUACAUCACUUUAAACAAUAUUGGUGUUCAGCAUCUCUACCAAUCGCAUGAGUGCGCUAGUGAAGUCUCGUUUUGCAGAUGCUGGUUUGCAGAUGGGCGUAGCUAUUUUGACCACCCUUGGCAGCACUUUUCUGUGCUUCCCACGGAGGAUCUCCCUCAAAUCCUCUUGUAGGCCUCGUCAGAGGGUUGGCUCUGGUUGUCCCAUGUGGUUCUAGAGAGCCUUUAGUUUGUUACUGUAGGUCCCGCUGCCCUCAAGAUCAUCUAGAGCCUCCAGCAUGAUAUCGUA